AUGUCUGUAUUACACAAGAUCCACAAGAUGAGCCACUUGACUUGUCCAUGCGGAAGUAUACAUUCCUACUCUAACAACACUGCAGAGAAAACACCUAUAAGUAGCUUAGCACAUAAAUAUAGUAGCCAACAAGAUGAUGAUUUUGAUUCCUCUUCAAAUAAAUAUAAUUUAAUUAAAAUUAAAGAAGAACUUACACCAAAUAAGGAAACGAGCACAAAACUUGAAGAAAAAGAAUUAGAUAAUCUCUUAAAUUUAUCAUCUAAUUUAGAAAAUUCAUAUUCUCAUACAAAUAUACUCUCUGAUGCAGAAAAUUUGUUGCCAGAUUUAGAAAGUGUAUUUUCAGAUUUAAGUAAAAUAUCUUUUGGUUUAGAUAACACAACUGAUGAUAAAAAAGAUGAAAUACUUGAUUUAGAUAGCGCACCUGUUAAUGUAACGGAUGAAGUUUCUGAUUUAGAGGAUCUAUUAAAUAGUCUAGAUGAUAUACCAUUUGAAUUAGAAAAAACUUCUAAUUUAGAAAAAAUAUCUAUUGAUUUACAGAAAACAUCUGCUGAUUUUAAAAAAUUAUUAGAUAAUUUAAUAGAUGAAUCACAUUAUUCAGAAAAAGAGCCGUCUCAUUAUGAUACCUCACCUUUUGAUUUAGACAAAUUAUUAGAUGAUUUAGAAAAUAUGUCAGGUGACAUAGAAAAGGUUAAGUCUGAUUUGGAAAAGAAAUUAACUGAUUCAGAAAAUAUGUCAUCUAAUCAAGAAAAGGAACCAGAUAGCCAGGAAAAUAUGUUCAUUGAUCUACAAAGCAAAUCGUUUAAUUUCGAUGAUAUUUCACUUAAUUUAGAAGAGGGUUCUAAUGAUUUGGAAAACGACUCUCUUAACUUAGAUGAGUUUAUUUUUGAUUUAGAAAAUGAACCUUUUGAUUCAUUCAUAAAACGCUAUUGCUUAGAUAGUGAAGAUGAUGAAAAGCAAAACACAAAUAGUAACUCUAAGCGAAAAGGUGAUGAAAAUAUAAAGGAUGAUGUAAAAAGACAGAAGAUUGAUAAUGAAGAAAAUAACAGUGAGAAUAAAACAACAAAAAGAAACAUUACUAAUAAAAAAAGUAAAGAUAAAAGUUGUUUAAAUUUUAAUACAAUUGAGUACGAACAUUUUGAGUUAUACCUUAAAAAUUUUAUGGAUAAUGCUUUUCCUAUUAAACUAACUCAUAUUUCAGAAAAUGCAAUUCCAUUAUUACAAGAAAUAUUCAGUCAUAUUAAAAGUACACAUAAUGAAUUUAGAAACAUGUUCACGAUGAUCAUUCAGUCAUUAAAAAUUCUUAUAAAUACUGAGAUGAAAAACAUUGAUGUGAAUUAUAAAAAAAGAAUGAGGAGGUAUUAUGAUUCACUUUAUGCAAAUAAAAGAUUACAUAAAAAGUCGAGUUAUAUGCAUAUGAAGAAAUUUACGUAUCCAAGUACCUAUACAAUACCUAAUGAAGGAGAAAUAUAUCUUAACAUGGCUGAAUUUAUAAAAAACUUGCAACUUUUGUUACCAGUGUAUGAAAAAUUUAAAGAAACAGCUAAUAUAUUGACAUAUUCUUCAGGAAACCUUACGUGCAAUCAAUUAUUUACUUAUCCAAAAUUACAUGAAAUGGAAGACGUUACAAACACUAUUUUAAAUGCAUUGAAAAACAUUGAUGAAACUAUAAAAACUUUUGAGAUUUCAUGUAAAGAAAGGAAAUCAUUUAAUGAAAAAACUAUGUUAAGUAAAACUAAAGGGUCUCUUGAAGCUAUUAUGAGUAAAGUAAGGAGAGUUUUUAGAUAUAAUUUAAGAGCAUGCUUAAGAUAUUUGAAAGUACUUAACUUGACAAAUAAAGAAGAAAAAAUAUUAACAGACUAUGUUUUUUAUAACUUCAACCAAGAAAAUAGUGUACGAAAAAAAAAUUUAGAAGAUCAUUCUAAAGAUGCAUAUAAUAAAAAAGUUGUAGAAGCGUUAGACAAAUUUUUGUUAUUAGAAAGUGAAAAUGCCUUGAAAAAUCAUAAAAAAACUGAUGAAAUUUUUAACGUGGAUUCUCAAGAAAAAUCUUCAGAUGAAAAAUCCCUAGAAGUUUUAAUCAAAACCCCCCUUACAUCAAAAGUUUUAUCUAAUAUAUAUAAAAAUUUUGUAGAAUUAAUGAAAAUUACAUAUUUUAAGGAAAAAUUAACAUCUUUAAUAGAUAUAUGUGAAUCAUUACAAGAAAUAAUAACACAAGAAAAGAGAAAUAUGCCACCUAGAACAAAGAAGAAGAAGUGGUUUUUACUUGAUGUUAUGGAAAAUAUGAAAAUUCAAUUUAAUGGUAUUAAAGAGGAUUUCGAUAAAUAUUUUAUGUUUAAUUCUUUACAAAAAAAUAUAGAGGAAGGUAAUGAAAAAAUAAUGCAGGCUUAUCAUAAUUUUACAAAUAUUAAAUUUAUUUUUCAGAACGCAGCACGCAUAAUCUAUUGGCAUAUUAGUCGCGAAACUUCAUUGGAAGAACAAAAAAAAACUAUUAAAAAGGAAAAUGUUUUAUUCGCUUUAUUUUUUAUUAAUCAAGUGAUAACAGAUCGUACAAUAGAGGAAAUACCAUAA